AAUACCAAACUUUCCAUCGAAUAUCCGAUAUGGCGUAACUGGAGGCGAUGAUGGAAAGACCACGGUUGUGCAUUGUUCCGUUCGAAUUGAUUCUCAGUCCAUUCUACACCAUUCUACACCAUUUUCCAUUUGCUGGCGUAAAUCUGAUACAUACGACCAUAGGGUGUGGAAAAUAGGGCUUCCCGUCCGCUCAGCCGUACUCAAGCCACACGCCGGUGAGUUAGUAGUUGGGUGGGUGACCACCAGCGAAUCCUCACUGUUUUCGGGAAGCUCAGUAGCUUCUGCUCUUCAGCCUAUUCACCUGGAUUCCCUGAAUACCACUACACUACUAUUUUACACCUG